AUUUGAGCUGAAGUUCCAUUAUGCUUACUGCGUUACUUUUCUCAGAGUGGCUGAUGCUGCAAUUAGCUGCUGGGCAGUUAGAUUACACCUCUCAGGCAGAAGGGAUGCAGAUCCAGGGGGAUUAUUCCUUGGCUGGACUCUUUCCCCUCCACUACACUGAUGUAGAUGCUGGUGGUCUUCCUGCUUUGGUUCCAUGUAAUCAAGGAAGAAUCAACAAACACGGGUUUCAUUUGUUGCAAGCCAUGAGAUUUGCAGUAGAGGAAAUCAACAAUGGAACAGGUCCAUUGCAUCUGCUACCAGGGGUAAAGCUCGGUUAUCAGAUGUACGACAUCUGCUCUAACCCGGCCAGUGUCCUGGCCACGCUGGACCUGCUGGAGCAACAGUACCAAAGCUCCAGCAACACUCAAAAAGCUGUUGGUGUUAUUGGGCCAGAUAGCAGCAGCAAGAGUUUCACCCCUGCAGCUCUGCUGGGAGCUUAUGUGAUUCCACAGAUUUCAUAUGAAGCAUCAAAUGAAAUGCUGAGCAACAAGAACAUGUAUCCAGCGUUCUUCCGCACAAUUCCAAGCGAUAAGAACCAGGUGGCAGCUAUGAUCCAACUGCUGGUUCGUUUCAACUGGAGGUGGAUAGCUCUUUUAGGCAGCGACAAUGAUUACGGCCUGCAGGGUAUGCAGAGCCUGUCAGAGCAAGCCUCUCAGUAUGGGAUCUGCAUCCCAUACCAAGGAGUCAUCCCCACUGCUUCUGACAACACAGUUCAGAUCAUGAGGAACAUGGUGGACAAUAUACUGAAAACCAAAGUGAACACCAUUGUGGUGUUUUCAAGCAAGACAAGGUUCCAUGGCUUCCUCCCGUAUGUCCUGGAGAGAAAUAUAACAGGAAAGGUGUGGAUCGGGACGGAGGACUGGUCACCUUCCACUCUAAUAUCUGGGAUUCCUGGGAUCCAGAGCAUCGGGACUGUGAUCGGCAUCUCUGUCAAAGAUGCUUCCAUUUCUGGGUUUGACCUUUUCCAGAAGAAUAUGGUUGAUGCUUCAAUGCAGCACGCCCAGGAUGACACCAAUGUAAGCAUUAGCAGUGAUAACAGCUGUCUGCAGAGCAGAGACCUGUACUCCAUCGCCAAGAACAACUUCUCCAUGGAUAAAUACGACAUCACCUCCUCCUUCAACGUCUAUAAGGCAGUGUAUGCUUUAGCUAAGGCUCUGCAUCAGGCGCUUGAUUGUGACUCUGGAGAGUGCAGCAAGAGAAGUGUGACUCCACCAGAGCUUCUGCCACUGCUCAGAAAGGUUCGGUUUUCUCUCAGCAACUCUUCUGUGUACUUUGACGUGAACGGUGACCCACCCACUGGGUAUGAUAUCAUCUCCUGGGUUUGGAGGGGCACGGAGUGGUCUCUCAGAGUGGUGGGCUCCUUCUCGCCGGAUCCCAUCACCCUCACAAUAGAUGCUGAUCUGAUUGAGUGGCACAGCAAGGGAGACUCGGAAUCAGAGGUACCUAAGUCCCUCUGCUCUCCACCUUGCCCAACAGGCCACAAGAAACUGCAGACGGGUCAACAUCCUUGCUGCUUUGACUGCCAGCCCUGCCCCUCAGCCACAUUCCUCAAUAAAAGCAAGCCAACAGAAUGUCAGGCCUGCCUGCCGGAGCAGUGGGCUCCUCCAUCCAGUGAGGAGUGUCUCAACAGGACUGUGAUACUGCUGGAGUGGGACCACCCUCUCUCCAUAGCUCUCCUCUUCUUUCUGGCCACCUGCCUCCUUCUGACCUUCAGCACCGCCAUAAUCCAUUUGGUCAACCUCAACACGCCAGUGGCCAAGUCUGCGGGGGGCCGCACCUGCCUCCUGAUGCUGGCAGCCCUCACCGUCGCCGCCCUCAGCACUUUGUGCCAUUUUGGCCGGCCAUCCCCUCUGGCCUGCAUCCUAAAGCAGCCUCUGUUCACCAUCAGCUUCGCUGUGUGUUUGGCCUGCAUCACGGUUCGAUCCCUCCAGGUUGUUUGCAUCUUUAAAUUUUCUUCCAAGCUUCCGCCGGCUUAUGACAAAUGGAUGAAAAAACGGGGUCCAGAGGUCACCAUCUUCCUGGUAUCUGUCACUAUGUUGUUCAUCUCUGUGCUCCGGGUAUCCCUGGACACUCCGCAGCCUUCACAGGACCUCCAGUUCUACCAUGAUAAAAUUGUGAAGGAAUGCAGUAAAACCCUCUCAAUCGGCUCAGGCAUUGAGCUGGCCUAUGUCUCUCUCCUCAGUGUCCUCUGCUUUGCUUUCAGUUACAUGGGGAAGGACCUUCCAGCCAACUACAAUGAGGCAAAGUGUGUCACCUUCAGCCUGAUGGUGUACAUGAUCUCCUGGAUAAGCUUUUUUACCCUCUACCUCAUCAACAGAGAAACCUUCACCAUGGCUGCCCAGGUGUUUGCCACGCUCUUCAGUGUCCUGGCCUUCCUGGCUGGAUACUUCCUUCCCAAAAUGUACAUUAUCGUUCUGAGGCCACACAUGAAUACCACUGCACAUUUCCAGAACUGCAUUCAGAUGUAUACCAUGGCCAAAAAAUGAAGGUUUUAAGCAUCAAAAACUACUUAAUUUUGUUUUAAAUGUAACAUUAUAGCCAGGAAUUCCUACCUGUUUUAUUUUGAUGUGAUUUGCCAGACAAGGAAUCUGCAACCUGCGGUUCUGGAGCCACAAAUGGCUCUUAGGACCCCUAACCCUUUUUUAUCAGUUGGUAAAUUCAUACCAUAGAUACUGUUCUUUCAUUAUUUUGUGUUCUUUUGAGUAGAAUCCUUUAAAAACCACAGGUUAUAUAGAACAAAUAGAAUAUAGAACAAAUAGUCAUUUUUCUAUUUUCUUUUUCUGUUGCCACGUGUAAAAAAUAAUCCUCAGUAGAGAAACAUAAUGAGAAAGAGAAC